CUAUCUGUUAAACCCUUACACUGUGAUGUCUUGCGUGGCCAAGUCCACCUGCGCCAUCAACAACUCUGUCAUCGCAUUCUUCAUUUUAGCUACAAUAAAAGGUAGUGCCUUCCUCAGUGCUGUGUUCCUAGCCUUAGCAACGUACCAGUCGCUCUACCCGCUCACAUUGUUUGCUCCAGCACUCCUUUACCUUCUACAGCGUCAGUUCAUCCCAAUAAAACUGAAAAGUAAAAGCUUCUGGCUCUACACCAUGCAGUAUGCAGCCCUGUACCUGUGCAGCCUGGUGGUGAUCAUCUGCCUCUCCUUCUUCCUCCUCAACUCCUGGGACUUUAUCCCAUCUGUUUACGGGUUUAUCCUUUCAGUUCCAGAUCUGACACCCAAUAUUGGCCUUUUCUGGUACUUCUUUGCUGAGAUGUUUGAACACUUUAGUCUUUUCUUCGUCUGCGUGUUUCAAAUCAAUGUCUUCUUCUACACCAUUCCCUUGGCAAUAAAGCUAAAGGAACACCCCGUGUUCUUCAUGUUUGUCCAGAUGGCAAUCAUUUCUAUCUUCAAGUCCUAUCCCACUGUGGGAGACAUUGCAUUGUACAUGGCCUUCCUUCCAGUCUGGAGCCACCUUUACAGAUUCCUCCGGAACAUCUUCAUCCUCUCGUGCGUGCUCAUUGUCUGCUCGCUCCUGUUCCCCGUUCUGUGGCAUCUGUGGAUUUACGCAGGAAGUGCCAACUCCAAUUUUUAUUACGCCAUCACGUUGACUUUCAACAUAGGGCAGAUCCUGCUCGUCUCGGAUUAUUUUUAUGCCUUCCUCCGGCGGGAGUACUACCUCACUCACGGACUCCACUUGACAAGGCAGGAUGGCACAGAGGCCAUGCUUGUUUUGAAAUAA